UUAUUGCUUUGAAGUUUUUAACCCUUAUGGCGUCCAGUGGAGGUCUUCUCUUUGUUCUCAACAGAUACUCCAAAAUCCGUCCUACCAGGUCAUGGAUGGGUUUGGUAUCACGUGACUACACUAGUCCUUGGAGAGAACAAGAAAGUGAUGGUCAGAAUAGAUACUUUGAUAAGAUUCUGGUGGCCAAUAGAGCUGAGAUUGCUUGUCGUGUCAUGAGAACAGCUCACAGACUGGGAAUUGAAACAGUUGCAGUAUACAGUGAAGCUGACAAGAAUUCAAUGCAUGUUGCAAUGGCUAAAGAGGCUCACUGUAUAGGCUCAGCUCCCUCUAGUGACAGUUACUUAAGAAUGGAUCGGAUUAUUGAUGUAGCUAAGAAAACAGGCUCCCAGGCUAUUCAUCCUGGCUAUGGGUUUCUCUCUGAAAACAAGAACUUUGCUGCUCUUUGUAAAGAUGAAGGUAUUGAAUUUAUUGGACCAUCUCCAUCAGCCAUUGAAAAGAUGGGAGUGAAACGUGUUUCUAAGGAGAUAAUGAGCACUUCAUCUGUCCCUGUUGUCCCUGGAUACUUUGGAAAGGACCAAUCUAAUGAAAAUCUUCAAUUAGAAGCUGAUAAGAUUGGCUACCCAGUACUCAUCAAAGCUGAUUUGGGAGGAGGAGGAAAAGGUAUGCGCAUUGUCAAUGAGAGGGAAGAGUUCAACAUGAUGCUGGAGGCUUGUCGCAGUGAGGCUCUCAAGUCAUUCAAUGAUGAUAAAGUUCUACUUGAGAAAUAUCUCUCAAAACCACGGCAUGUGGAGGUACAGGUUAUUGGAGAUAAGCAUGGUAACAUACUGCAUCUGUUUGAGAGGGACUGCAGUGUACAGAGGAGACACCAAAAGAUAAUAGAAGAAGCACCAGGACCCAAUAUAAGUCAGUCAACUCGUGAGUCCAUAUGGUCAGCAGCUGUGAGAGCAGCUAAAGCAGUUGAUUAUGUUGGAGCAGGUACUGUUGAGUUCAUAGUGGACACUCAAGAUGAGACCUUUUACUUUAUGGAGAUGAACACUCGACUCCAAGUGGAGCACCCAAUAACUGAACUAAUAACUGGAACUGACCUCGUGGAGCUACAGUUGAGAGUAGCUGCUGGUCAUCCUCUUCCUCUCUCCCAGUCUGAUAUCACUUGCACUGGACAUGCUUUUGAGGCAAGGAUAUAUGCAGAGAAUCCAUCAGAGUCUUUCAGUCCCAGCCCUGGGCUAUUGCGUCAUUUGGCCACACCUUCAUCCUCUGAGACAGUAAGAAUUGAUACUGGAGUGAGACAAGGUGAUGAAGUCACGGCCUAUUAUGAUCCAAUGAUUGCUAAACUAGUUGUAUGGGGUCCAACAAGAACAUUAGCUCUUAAUAAAUUAGUACAGUCACUUCAUAACUACCAGAUUGUGGGUGUGCAUAGUAAUUUGAGCUUCUUGACGUCACUAGCUAGCCACCAGUCAUUCAUUGAUGCUGAUGUGCAUACUGGAUUUAUUGAGCAACAUAGGGAGAGUCUGUUUCCUAGCAACAAGGGAUUAUCCCCUCGUCAGCAGAAGUUGGGUAUUCUUAUCAUGCUAGCACUGGAGAGAUAUAACAAUACAAGAAAUUUAUCUUUAGAUCCAUUCAACAGUACUGAUGGUGGUAGAGUUAACACAAUGCAUCAUAGAAAAGUUUCACUUAAAGGAAAAGAUGAAAUUUUCACUGGCUCUGUGGAGUACAUAGGGAGUGAUGAUUUUAAUAUUUCAAUGGACAAUAGUCAAUGGAUACCAUGCAGUGGUCAGGUGCGUCAGAAAGCUGGAGGACUUGUGUUCAAUGGUUUUAUUGAUAAUGAGAAAGCAUCUGCUGAUGUGGUUACUACUGAAAACACAAUACACUGCUUCACUAAUGAUGGUAACAGUUUUAGUGUAGAGUUUCCAAUGCCAGAGUAUUACAAUAAAAGUUCUUCUGGAGAUGUGGGUGGGGUAAAGUCUCCUCCUUAUUCAACCAGAGUCAAUAAGGUCCUGGUUAAUGUUGGUGAUAAUGUCAAAAAGGGACAGUUGCUGUUAACUGUGGAGGGAAUGAAGAUGGAGACUAACAUUCUCUCGCCAAUUGAUGGAGUAGUGACCGAAGUGUUGUAUAAUGUGGAAGACGUAGUAGCUGCUAACUCUAAAGUUGUAGAAAUAAUAAAUGACUAAAACUAUUGUUACAUUUAUUUAUUAUUAAUUUUAUUGAUUUACCAGUUUUGUUUACAUUGGUGCUCAUGCAUGUUUUUAGUCUCCCUCUCCCAACUGAAAA